AUGUAUUGGUCUCUCAUCACAGGCAUGGCCCUUGCGGGUGCCGUCACCGCCCUGCCGCGCCUUGACAGCCGGCAAGGCAAUGGACAGGUGAAAUAUGCUGGAGUGAACAUUGCCGGCUUCGACUUUGGAUGUGCUACCAACGGCAACUGCAACAUCACCGCCGCUUACCCACCCUUACAGUCUCUAGGGGGGCCUGAUGGUGCCGGCCAGAUGCAACAUUUCGCGAGGGAUGAUGGCAUGAAUAUGCUUGGCGGCACCUUGGACCAGACCAACACGGGCAAGUAUGACCAGUUGGUCCAGGCAUGUCUUGCCACAGGUGCUUACUGUGUCAUUGACAUCCAUAAUUAUGCCCGAUGGGACAAUCAGAUCAUUGGCCAGGGCGGGCCAUCCAACGAGCAGUUCGUGAGCCUGUGGACCCAGCUGGCCUCAAAAUAUGCCAGCCAACAGAAGAUUGUGUUCGGUAUCAUGAAUGAACCCCAUGAUGUUCCUGAUAUCAACAAGUGGGCAGACACUGUCCAGGCCGUGGUCACAGCAAUCCGCGGUGUUGCCAAGUCUCAGAUGAUUCUGAUCCCUGGAAACGAUUGGACCUCAGCGCAACAGUUCCCCACCAAGUCCGGGCCUGCGCUCCUGAAGGUUAAGAACCCCGAUGGCAGCACUGAUGGUCUCAUCUUUGAUGUUCAUAAGUAUUUGGACUCGGACAACUCUGGAACUCACACGGAGUGCGUGACGGAUAACAUCAGCUCUGCAUUCUCCCCUCUUGCCGACUGGCUGCGAGCCAACAAACGCCAGGCCAUCAACAGUGAAACAGGUGGAGGAAAUACAGCUUCAUGCCAGAAGUACUUGUGUCAACAGAUUCAAUUCCUCAACCAAAACUCCGACGUCUACCUUGGUUAUAUCGGAUGGUCAGCAGGGGCUUUUGAUCCGAGGACCUAUGAGCUUAGUGAAGUCCCGAGCAGAAACGGCAACUCUUGGACAGACAGCUCGCUUGUUAAAGCUUGCCUCGCUAGAAAGGCUUCUUAG